AUCUAAGCUAGCUAGUCCUAGUUUUACAACUGUUCUAUGCAGAUAUCACUAUUGUUGAGGGUACCUGUGUACCUGAAGCUAACCAGCCCAGGAAGAAGAUUUGAUAAAUGACAUUCACCCUACCUCUUUAUACAAAACCUGGUAAUAGGUGCUUGUCAGUCCAUACAUAAUUCUAAUGACUUUACUGGCGGAAUAUUUCAACUGAAAUAUAGAUAGACGUCACUGAGCUGUGUUUGAAAGGUGGCACCCUCUGUUAGACGAACUGUAAUAAUAAUAUUGUUAGGUGAGAUCAGUAUCAGGCGGUUGUGUAUCGGCCUGAUCAGCUUAGCCAUUUCACAGUUACUACCUAAUGUUAGUCUCACAAAACAUUGUUUACACAAUAAAUGUCACAAACAUUUAAUAAUAGAACUCCAACAGAUGAAAAGCACUUGACACUAUAAAAUAAAUACUCAGUUUGAGGAACCCCUAGAAUCGUCACUAUCGAGGAAGCAGAUUUAAGUUUAAGCUUACUGGACUCAAAAAAUAUAGGUCUAUAUAGUUAUUGACAAGAAAUAUACCAAAUAUAACGGUGUUGGGGUGUUGGGGAUAGGCGGUGCGCACACAAUCUAUUGAAGCUAUUGUAAGGACGUUGUCUGGGAUCUGGUGAGGAUGUGUUUACACCCUGAACUAGUCCAAUUCCUGUAGUCAGUCACCGCGAUAAAAUUCUGACACUUGUGGCCAAGAUUUUCAACUUUUAAAUUAGUUUUCCUAUGUAGGAUUAUGUUGGAAUAUUCUCCUGUGGAUUUGUCUCUGUUUGACUCUGGGAUAUUACUGUGUACAGUAGAUAAAUCAUACGUUCAACUGGAUUUUUAUUUAAUGAUUGUGUUGAGUUCCCGUCAGAGUUGAUGAUCGGAAGUUUUGGUCCGGACAUGGAGUAGUUACACUGAACUUUACUUGUUAAGUGUUGAGUAUGGAUAGGACAGAAAACAGACAUGAGUGAUGUCAUGUUAUACAUUUUACACCAAAGUUAAAGACCCAAUAACUACGUAGAAACCAAAAUGGUGGACGUCUCGGGCUUACCAUUACUGGGUCUCAGGGUGAAACUCCGAGCACGGCCACACAACCAUGACCUCGAGGGCGAGGGGAUGUAUGGGGCAUAUCGCAAUGGGAGAGCAUACGGGGCAUUUCAGCCCGGUCCCUAUCUUCAAAAGGGUACGGGGCAUCGGCGAUACCCUGGAGCAUUCGGUUCACCCAAUAAAAGUUCUUAUCUUCCUAAUUCCGACGUGGGACAGAUCAAACCCAAGGUUGUCACAAUUGUUCGGAAUGGUGCGCGACCAAGAAAUAACAUCAAGAUUCUUCUUAAUCGACGAAGUGUGCAGUCAUUUGAGCAACUCAUGUCGGAUGUUUCGGAAGCUUUUGGUCCAAAAAACAGGAAUAAGAAAUUGGAAAAACUAUAUACAAUUCGUGGUAAGGAGGUCCAAGGAAUUUCAGACUUUUUUCGUGAUGAUGAUGUGUUUGUGGCAGCCUCAGGCCAUGAAAGACCAUCGGAUGGAGAUCUCAUUGACAUUGUAGAAGAGAUCUAUCCACCUGACACACAUACUGCUAGAAUGAUUCUUAAAGAUUUGGAAAAACAGAAACGGAAGCGCCAGGCACAUCAGUUAAAGGAGCCCGAAAGUGACAAGCGUGACAGUGGGUUUGGUGAGGGAAGCGAUGGUAGUAACAGAGACUUAGAUAACAAUGACUACAUCAUGUACAAAGGUCGCCCUGGUGAGAAAGGUCGUCGAAGACAUGACUAUCCCAAAAAUGAUGCCUUAGCCAGUCGAUUGGAAAAGGACAAAGACAAGGCAGCAUAUGAGGAGCGGGACCGUGCUAAAAGAAAGCAACAACAUCGAAUGGAAGCUGAACGUCGAGCACUGGAUGAUGAACGACGAAAGAGAGGACUAGUUCCAAAAGGGACAGAUGAACAGUUUAAGCGUUCAAAGGAACAGAGAGAACGUGAGAAAGAAGAAUUAAGACGGAAAAAGGAGGAAGAAAGGCAAAAGAGGUUAGAGGAGGAAGAGAGGGAACGACAGAAGCAUGAACAGGACAGAGAGAAGGCAUUAGAAGCAGCCAGAGAGAGAAGAGCAGCAGCUGAAAAGGCUGAAAAGGAAAAAGCAGAAAAGGAAAGAGCAGAAAAAGAAAAGGCUGACAAAGAGAAAAAUAAGGAAAAAGAUGGAAAGAGUGAAAAAGAUGGAAAGAGUGAAAAAGAUGAAAAAGAAGGAGGUGAAGUGCAGAAAAAGAAAAAGUCCAAAUCUAAGAUUGUACGCAAAACUAAAUUUGAGCGUCAGGUUAGUGGGGACAGUCACAUACUGUCUAAAUAUGACCUAGGUAAAACGCUCGGUGACGGAAACUUUGCUGUUGUGAAACAGGCAACACUUAAAAACACUAAAAAUGAUUUUGCUAUGAAAAUCAUUGACAAAGCAAAGUUGAAGGGUAAGGAACACAUGGUGGAAAAUGAAAUAGAAAUCAUGAAAGACUGUCAUCAUCCAAAUAUUGUCAAGCUUUACGAAGAAUAUGAAACUAUUGACAAAAUCUACCUCGUCAUGGAGCUUGUCAAGGGUGGGGACUUGUUCGAUGCCAUCACCCAAAGUGUGAAGUUUGGAGAAGUAGACUCGGCCCACAUGGUGAAGGAUCUGUGUAACGCCUUGUUUUAUCUCCACUCUCGUUCUAUAGUACAUCGAGAUCUCAAACCAGAAAAUCUACUGGUACAUCGAAACAAGGACAGUACAAUAACAUUGAAGCUGGCCGACUUUGGUUUGGCGAUGGAUGUGAAGGACCCAAUAUAUACUGUGUGUGGUACUCCUACAUAUGUAGCACCAGAAAUACUCUCCGAAAUAGGUUACGGUUUGGAGGUAGACAUGUGGGCAGUAGGUGUCAUCUGCUACAUCCUGUUGUGCGGAUUCCCUCCCUUUAGAAGUGCUGAUCGAAAUCAGACGGAACUGUUUGAGUUUAUCAAAGGGGGAGAAUAUGAGUUCCUUAGUCCCUACUGGGACCAAAUCUCCCAAAGUGCCAAGGACCUGAUCCAGCACCUGCUGGUCGUAGACAAGAAGAAGCGCUACACAGCCAUCGACACUCUGUCUCAUCCCUGGAUCAUGUACAGUGGUGACCUGGGCAAAAUCAAAGACAACUCAGAGCUCCAAAAACUCAAGACAAAAACAAAAACUGAACUUGAAGCUCUAGCUAAGACAAGUUAUGAUUCUUAUAUGAAAGCCAAGGAGAAGCGGGGUUAAUUUAUUUUCUUUGUUGAAAUGAAGGAAUACUUGAUAUUUUGCCCUGUUGUUGACUUCAGAUACACGUAGAAACUGUUACCACGAGUCAUGGCCAUGCCAGUGUACAUUCAUAUUUUUGUGAUGAUUAUAAAUAUUGUUUUCAGUAGGUUUUCAUCCACGAAUAAUAAGUUGGGUAAGUAUUCUACGAGAAUCUACUUGUAUAAAACAUUCCAGCUUUAAGAUGAAUCUAACUGUGGCGAUUUGGAUUCCAUAAGGAUUUAUCUCCCCUUCGUCAUGCUAAAUUUGUAUACAGUCACCUGUGAAGGUAUCUGGUAGACAUUUUUUGUGUUAUAGUCGAACAACGCUGAAGAGAAAUCAUGGAAUCUUAUAUUCAUUUUACAAAAAAAUUACUGGUGUAUUAAGUAAAAUUCACAUGUGACAAUAUGGGACAGUCUGGUUUUAAUUGCUGCAUGGUUGUAUUAAAGUUUUGAUAGUAAUCAUCUUUCUCAUACAUUUUAUAAAUUGUAUGAUAUUUUAAUAUUUAGGUAGCAGUAUACAGAACAUGACUCCUUAGUUAUAGAGUAAAAACAUGUUAUUUAGAAUCUUGUAAAAAAAAUCAUAAUAGUGCUUUAGCCCUGAAAUUUAUGCGGAUAAUUGCUAGAAAUUUCAUUUAUUGAAUUUAUUUAUUUACAACAGUAUUGAAGACUUAACCUAUGGUUUGAUUAAAGCUUACAGAUUUAAAGUUGUUUCCACUGUUUGUUGCAGCAAGCUUUAAACACCAGUAAACAUACAUUUUUAUAUGAACUUUGAGCAUCAGUUGUAAAUUUGAGCACACAAUAUUGUCUCCAGAGGUGCUAGAGACAGUGACAAUUACUCACUUUUAAAUUGUAAUCCGAGACUCAGAAGCUGUUUAUAUCAAACUCUGUGAUGAUAGCUUCAAAACUUAUAAACAUACAUUUUCCUCAAAAUUUUUAAUUUAAGGGAGAUUAUAUCCUUCAGGACCGGUAGGGGAGGUAGCUGUAAAACAUAAAAAUGACUUCAGUUGAUAUUAAAAGUGUUUGUACAGUUGGUAUAUAAUCUGACCAUUACAGUAUGUUGUUUUCCUACACUGUAAACAACAGUAAACAACAGUAACGAAAGAUAUACACAUGUCAAUACACCAGGAAAAGUCAAUGUUGAACUGUGUAUGAGAUAUAAAAAAAAGUUUUCUUUUGUACUAUAGAUUAUUAUCUUUUUCUCACUUGUGCCAAAUAUGAAAACGGAAAUGUUAUACAUCUGUAUCUACAAGUCACUUCUAUAACACUGGUUACUUGACAAUGUCGUGAGGAAUUUUCAUGUCUUGUGUCUUGAUUUCUAUUAAUAGACAUAAGUAAUUACCUGGCCUGAUGUUUUGAGAUUUGUGUGACAAAACUGUCUCACCAACAUAAAAUGCAAUUGUUGUAGUAAUUGAAUGAUCAUUCAGGGUAGAGUACCAAAAGCAUUUUGUCACAAUUAGCAAUACACUAAUAUUUUCUAAUCCGUUCAGCAUAUGAAACAAAUUAGUGUAACUUGUUGCAGUUAGUAUCCAAUCAUCACAAAGAAAUAUUUACCAACAUUAUAAUCCUAGAAAAAUCAUGUAUUCAGAGGAAUUUAAUAUGAUCUGAGAAAAAUUGUGUAUUCAGAGGAAUUUUAUGUAGAUAUGAUUUUGUCUAGUAUGACACCCUGACAUGAGAUGCUGGUCGGAUUAGACAGGAUGUUGAAAUACACUGUUCAUAUGUAGCAUUUAUUGGAUUAAACAGGAUGUUAGAGUACUCAAAAGUAAGAUUAGACAGACUGCUACUAUACAAAUCCAUUGCAACCAAGGUGAAAGAUUUUGAAAAUUCCCACUGGAAAUGUAGUUUUGUUAACCAUAAGUUGUGAUUGUUAUAUAUAUGCCAUAUAAGCUUUAACUCUGUACUUGUGAUAAAAUCUCUGCGGCAUAUUUUCAGAAUAUUUAUGUGCCACCAGGUAUCUACAUGUAUCGACUAGGAUUUACUUACCUCUGUCUAUAGAAGUAUUAUUAUUUCCGUCCAUAGAAUUAUGAGCUACAAAUUCUUAUUUCCGUCCAUAGAAUUAUGAGGUAUGUUUACUUAUUUCCAUCCAUAGAAUUAUGAGCUUUGUUUACUUAUUCCGUCCAUAAAGUUAUGAGCUAUAAAUAAUUAUUUAAAUAUAUAGUAUGAUUAGAAAUUAUGUUUGCAUUGAUAUAAGUUAUGUUUAUUUCUAUCAAUGUACAUUGUAUAUAGUACUAUAUAUAUACCUGUAAAGUACUGUCCUACACAGGAUUGUCUACAAUUAUUGCAUGUUGGAUAAUGUUUAUAUACAGUAGGAAGUUUGAUAUACAAAGUGUAUAUAUAGCCUUAGUACUUAGCCUGGCCCUACGGGUAAAGAGAGUGGAUUAAUCCAGUGUGUGGCUAUUUUUAUGACAAUAUUGUCUAAAAAUUUUGUUAUUGGUCACAAUAUUUAUAACUUUCCAGAAAAUUUCUGACAAAAUAAUACUGUGAUUGUACUCAAAUAGUUGAUAUUUUCAGAUCAUUUUUUUUUUUUAUUUCUUGUUAAAAUAUUGAUGAUACAAAAAGAUGUAUAUCAGAAAUAUUGUAAAACAAAUAUGUACAAUGUACCAUUAGAGUAAACUGAUACAAUGUGUAGGUCCAUGUCCAUUCCAUAUAUGUAAUAAGUUAACUAUACAGGCCAAAUUGGCCUCUUGUUUGUUAUUCUUUGUAUGUUUAUUUUAUGUACUGUUAUUCAUCCAUCUGUUGUCUGUUGAUGCGCCUGUGAUAUCAUAUGUAUUUCCUUGUAAGAUGAAAGGACAAGUAAACUACAGUAAUUGUAUGAAAUGUGAAUUGAGGA